CGCCGCCCCCCGCCCGCCCGGGGCGCGCAGCCCAGGGACGCCGCGGGGGUGAUGCCAGAAGGAGCCCGGCAUGCCGUACCUGGACCGACAGAACCGCAUCUGUGGCUUCCUGGACAUCGAGGAAAAUGAGACCUGUGGCAAGUUUCUGCGGAGGUAUUUCAUCCUGGACACCCAGGCCAACCACCUCCUGUGGUACAUGGACAAUCCUCAGAACCUGGCCAUCGGAGCAGGUGCUGUGGGAUCUCUGCAGCUGACCUACAUCUCCAAGGUUAGCAUUGCCACCCCAAAACAGAAGCCCAAAACUCCGUUCUGCUUUGUCAUCAACGCCCUCUCCCAGCGCUAUUUCUUGCAAGCCAGUGACCAGAAGGACCUGCAGGACUGGGUGGAGGCGCUGAACAGGGCCAGUAAGAUCACGGUGCCAAAGGGUGGCAGCGUCCCGCCGGCCACAGAGAUCACAAAGCCUCCAGUGGUGCCCCAGGCCCAGGAGAGGAAGCCCCAGGUGGCCUACAAAACUGAGAUUGUUGGAGGGGUGGUGGUCCACACGCCCAUCUCCAUCAACCAGGACGGGGAGGGCAGCGAGGUGGGCACACACCCUCUGCUGAGGCGCUCACAGAGCUACAUCCCCCCCUCGGCCAGCAAGCCCCCAGCUGGGCCAGCGCCGCUCAAGAGCGGCUUCUGUGUCAAGCAGGGCAACGUGAGGAAGAGCUGGAAGCGGCGCUACUUUGUUCUGGAUGAGUUUUCCAUCAGUUACUACAAGUGUGAGCAGGACAAGGAGCCUUUGCGUUCGAUUCUCUUGAAGGAUGUUUGCAAGACCCACGAGUGCCUGGUCAAGUCUGGUGACCUCCUGAUGCGAGAUAAUCUUUUUGAAAUCAUAACGAGCUCCAGGACCUUUUACAUCCAGGCAGACAGCCCCGAGGAGAUGCACAGCUGGAUCCGCGCAAUCACAGCCGCCGUGCAGGCCCUGAAAACCCGCCCCAGGGAGAUGUCCUUUAUGAGAUCCACCUCCGUGGCCAGGCCCGGCGGCUCCUCAGGCCCCUCACAGCCGCGGCCGUCGGCGGAGGAGCGGCGAUCGUCGUGCAGGGCGCCCUCCACGAGCUCCUGGCAGCCCUGGACGCCGGUGCCGCGGGCCGAGGGGCAGCAGCCGGGGCUGGGGGCGCUGCCAGCCCCGCUCAGGGACUCCUCGGUGCUGCUGAUGGAGCGGCAGUGCCAGGCCGGGCCCGGCACGCGCCUGAGGCACCGCUCCGAGCCGCAGCCCCUCAAGGAGAAACCGUUCGCCUUCGACCUGGACGAUGAAAGCAUCCGGACCUCGGAUGUCUGAGUGGGCACUGAGCCUCCCCAGGGUCUGUUUGGGGCACACAAAGUGCUCCUUUCCCUCCAGCACAGCCCUUCCCUGCCAUGCAGGAUCUGUCUGCACCCACGUCCUGGUGCCCUGCUCUGUGGGGCUCAGGGUCCCUGGCUGCUCCUGCCCAGGCCUGGCCCCGGUGGUUCCAUGUUUGGAAGGUGCUUCUGGUGCUCGCUGUGCAGGGCAGGAGAUGCUGGGGACCUGUAUGAGAGGACAUCUUCUGCAAUUGCAUUGUUUCCCCCACAAACCAGGUCUGGAGGAAGUGGCAGGAGGUUUUGAAGGCAUGACACGGGGAGUGUGGCCUUUCUUGUGUUUGUAAAAUGUUUCUCUCCCCUUUUCUGCUGCUCAGAUUCCCCAGGGCAGAGCUGGGAGCCACCAGCUUGCAGCUGCCCACACAGGGGACUCACUGCAGCUUCCCCUUACAGUGACUUAUUCCCUCAGAGACUGGAUCUUCCCACUGCCCACACAAGGGUUUAUCAGCAAUCUGCUGGCUUUUAAUGAUGUCUUUUUAUACCUGUGGCUGCUGUUGAAUCCUAGCCUGGGCAGGUGCUCAACCCCUCCAAAGGCUUUUGGUACUUGCUGAGCAUGAGCCAGGGCAGGCAGCCGGAGCAACAGUAGCUCCCAGGUGGGAGCAUCCUCAGGUGUGAUGUUGGUUUUGCACUACACACACCUGGGCACAGGUAGCUGUGCCAGAUGGUGAAGGGCUUUUGGUAAAAAGCAAUGAAAAGCAGCCCUGAUGGAGCUGGGCACACUUGGCCGGCCAACUCCCCCACUGCCUGCCCGAGAUGGAAAGCAGCAGGAGUUUCUAGAGCAAUGUGAAUUGUCAUUUCCAUAACCAAAUGAGCUCCUGUAGGUGUGAUAAAUAGUGUGUAGAAAAUCCUUGGCUGAGAUCUGAUACCUUCACCCCACGAGUGUGUGCAAUCCCUGUGUGCCAAGCGAGCACUCAGCUCCCCUUUCACUUCCCUGGCUGUGACACGUCCUCUGCUCUGCUGCUCAGCCCAGUGUGUUCCCCAGCAGCAGAACAUCUGGUUUGUGCCAGCCCUUUUGGGGCCUCCAGCUGUUUGACAGCUGUGCCUGAGCCUUGAUUUGCCUGACUGACCUCAAUGUGAUGCCAGUUGUACCUUCCUGCCUCGGUCCCCUGGGGCUGCUGUGGGAUGGGCACAGCACAGGUGCCUCCCUGCUGCUGGGGGAGGCAGGAAUGGGGUCCCCCAAGUUCAGGGGGAAGAGAAUCCUAAAGGGGAUUGUGUGCUAAAGAACACAGACACCAUGAAAAUGGGUGGGAAUCAAUGCAAACGGUACAGGGGCGAGUGUUAAUGUUAUUUAAUUGUAGCUCCCUAGAUCCUGCUGUUCCUUUUCCUGCUCCUUUUUG